AUGCAAGGUUAUACUAUAAAGUAGCUAUUGUUGGAUAUUGCAGAAGUAAUAGACAAUGACAUCAUUGAUACAUAUGAACAAAUCAACAAAGUUAGCGUAAAGUAAAUUAGCGAGUAAUCGGAAAAGUAAUAAUAUGACAAUAUCCUCUAAAUCGUUGCGUAUUUAAAUAGAGUCAAAACUGUAUUUGAAGAAUAAUUGGAAGAACAUAUAAACAAUGAUUAUGAGACAAUAAUCUAAAAACUUGAAGCAUCCAUUAGAACUCACAUCAGGAUAGAACAACAAUAGAAAUUGCAAAUUGAUGCUUUAAUACAGAAGAUAGAUGAAGUCUCUGCUGAAAAGGAUAUUAUUAUUAUAUAAUAGUAGGAAAAAAUAAAAUCUUUAGAAUAAGCCAUUAAAGAUCAACAUAAAAAAAUAUUUGAUAGUUCACCCAAAGAAAUACUUCAUAAAAAGACUCCCUCCGCUUUUGAGAGAUUGAGUAAAUUAGUCUCUAACAAAUCCCAAAAAAGCUUAUAAAACUCGAAUAAUGAAGCUAAUUUCAAAGCUUUGUUAAAAAUAUGCAAUACUGAAAAGGACCGUUCUCUUUCUAAGGGUAGAAAGCAGGUUACAGUUAAAUAGGAAAGUGGUAAUUAAAGAACAAAUGAUGAAACUCAAGCCUAAACUGACAGAAACAGAAAGACUAAAAGAUUCAAAAGCUAACUGAGCAAUCACAAUAAUCGUUAAGUACAGAGAAAUUGCAUAAGUAUAAUAAAACGAAAAAAGAAUCGCCAUUAAUUAGAUAAGAAUAAACAAUGGGCAGCCAAAGUUUUGAUUAAGUUGGUAAAAGCUUAUAAGCAUUGUAGAGACAGAUUUCAAACUCUCGCUUGUAAAAUAAUCAAAGUUCACAAUUACUCAAAUUCUUGUAGAAGAAAUGAUUUCAUAUAUAAAACAGUAAUCAGGCCUUUUUCUAACUAUCUCUAAUUUAGCUUUGGUCUUAAUUUUUUUUCAAUUUAUUUAUACUUAUUAAGUUCAACAGGAACAAAAUUUUCCAGUCUCAAUUCUAUUUUAUUCGCUAAAUUCAAUAAUAGUAUAAUUUUUUGUUUAAUCAACACUUGA